CCUUUUUUUAAUCAAACCCAUCAAUUAAAGAGUUCUAAUAAAAGUGCUUUAAACCUCUCUCUGUAACCUAGCUAGAAGAACCAAGCAUUCAUUAAUGGCCGCUCUCUGCAACUGAAAACUUGAACAAUUAUCUUUUAAAGGUCUGGUCUCAGCAUCAAAGCAAAAAAAAAAAAAAAAGGGUCUGGUCUCAGCUCAAACACUUUGAGUGGGAAGUAAAAGGAUGUUGACAGCUGAUUCGGGUUCUGUGUUAAGGUUAGUGGAGAUAGAAGGAAGAGGAAGGGCUCUCGUUGCAUCGCAGCCAUUGAAGGCAGGGCAAAUUGUUCUCCAGGAUUCUCCUAUCGUUGUUUACUCCGCUUUUCCGUUGGUUAAACCUCAAUCUUCGGCAUCUUAUUGUGAUAAUUGCUUUAGGAUACUCUUCUCAUCGGCAAAUGUAGUGCCGUGUCCAUUAUGUUCUCAUCAUCUCUUUUGCGGUCCAAAUUGCCUAACCGCGGCAACAGCUUCCUCUCAUUCGCCUUGGGUUUGCCAGGCUCUUAGUCGUCUUCGGGAUUGCCCUUCUCUUUUUUCUCAACCUCUCGAACAGCAAGUGCAAGCUCGGUUUCUUAUAGCUGCAUAUAAUCUAGCCCUUGUUUCCCCUUCGGAUUUCCAGGUUUUACUUUCUCUUCAAGGUCAAUAUUCCCCUUCCGAUGCUCCUGCUGCUGAAUUCCUACAUUCCCUCAUUUCGUCGGUCUGUCCUCCGCCUUCGUUAUCGAUUUCUAUCGAACUCACAGCCGCUUUAUUGGCAAAAGAUAAGCUGAAUGCUUUUGGCUUGAUGGAACCUAUCUCUCUGCAACAAGACGGAGAGAGAUCCGUCCGUGCUUACGGGAUCUAUCCCAAAGCUUCUUUCUUCAACCAUGAUUGUCUUCCAAAUGCUUGCAGAUUCGAUUACCUCGACUCAGCUCUGGACCAGAACACCGACGUGAUUGUUAGGAUGAUUCAUGAUGUCCCUGUAGGUAGAGAGAUUUGCUUGAGUUAUUUCCCUGUCAAUCUCAACUACUCCGCCCGACAGAAGAGAUUGGCCGAGGAUUAUGGCUUUACCUGCAAUUGUGACCGUUGCAAAGUUGAGGCUAAUUGGUCCGAUAACGAAACUGACGUUAUAGAUGAUAACGGGACUAUCGAAGAGAAUGAGGAUGAGGAGAUCAUGGAAGAGGACAACGAUGAACAAAUGGUAGCCUCUGAAGGGGAUGAAGUAGGAGAAGCCGAUUUCCCCCAUGCUUAUUUCUUUGUGAGAUACAUGUGUAAUCGCGAAAACUGUUGGGGCACGCUGGCGCCGUUGCCCCCAUCCAAUGAUGUUCAGUCUAAAAUGUUGGAAUGUAAUGUCUGUGGCAACCUCAAGAGUGAAGAAGAUAUGUGUUGAACUUUAGAACAAAGGUAUUCUUUUUCCAUUGGAGGAAAUGCUCUUAUUACAACAA